CGCUUACGUUGUUUUCGUAAGUGAACUCAACGUAUACCAUCAUGGUUAGUGCUUUUGCGUUACUCUGACAAGUAGUUAGAGGAGUGCGUACUAGCUUAACGUUGUUGCAGUGCGAGACGAUAGCAGUAAACACUGAUCAAAGCCAGACGCUACCAUAACUAACGUUAGCUUGAAGACAGUUCUGUUCACGAAGAAACAUCGGGGGUUUGCGGUUACGGGAAAAUAAUGGGAAGGAGUAUUCACGACUCUUUCAACACCGCAAGCCCUUUUUGUCCCCAAACCCCUGUCUCCUCUCCUUCACUGCCAGUAGCCUAGCCAACACAAGCUAGCUACGAUAGCUGGUUAGCUCACGACCCACCUGCAGCCGUCGUGCGCACACGGAGUAAAAAUGGUGUACCUGUUAAAUCCUCUAGAGAAUCUGAAGACCUACAUAAGCAACCGUCCUCCCCUGGUCAUUUUUAUGGUCAGUGUGAGUGCUGUGGCCAUCACCUUCCUCACCAUAGGGUAUUUCUUCAAGAUCAAAGAAAUCAAAUCCCCUGAGAUGACUGAGGACUGGAACACCUUUCUCCUCCGCUUCAACGAGCUGGACUUCUGCAUCUCGGAGAAUGAGACGCUGAAGCACGGCCUGAACGAGUCCAUCACUCCCGAGAGCACGGUCCCCAGUGGCCAGGGUCGCUCCAGCACCCAGGCGCCCCUCGUGCUGGAGGACCCGGGGCCCAUCAACAUCUCCGUGCCCAUCACGCUCACUCUGGAUCCCCAGCGGCCGUUUGGGGGCUACUCCCGCAACAUCACCCACCUGUACGCCACCAUACUGGGCCAGCAGGUUGGCCUAACUGGAAGGGAAGCUCACGAGGAGAUGAACAUAACUUUCACCCUGCCGGCGUCCUGGAACUCAGACGACUGUGUUCUGCAUGGCCACUGUGAGCAGGUGGUGUUCAGCACGUGCAUGACCAUCACUGCAGCCAGCAAUGCCUUUCCCGUCACAGUGCAGCCACCCCACUGUGUCCCAGAGACGUACUCCAAUGCCACGUCGUGGUACAAGAUCUUCACGACAGCCCGGGACUCCGACACCAAGUACACACAGGAUUACAACCCAUUCUGGUGUUACAAAGGAGCUAUUGGAAAGGUGUAUCAUGCGCUAAACCCCAAACUCACCGUCAUUGUCCCAGAUGAUGACCGCUCCCUGAUAAACCUUCACUUAAUGCACACCAGCUACUUCCUGUUUGUGAUGGUGAUCACAAUGUUCUGCUAUGCAGUCAUUAAGGGUCGGCCUGGAAAAGUAAGAGCGAACAACUCAGACUUCUGCCCUGAGAAGAUGAUUCAUUCUCCCCGAGGUAACUGCCCAAACACUAGCCACAUGUUUCACUCCAAGACAGCCCAGAAUGUUUGCAACCCAGGACAACCUCAACCAUCCUACAAAAGUGGCCUUGUCGGAGGGAUAAAAGCGACGUCUAAACAGAAUCAUAUCUGGUGAGGGGAAAAAUCUGAAGAAGAAACUUGCCUACUGAACCCAUGGGAAGGGUGCAAAACUCUGUGAAUGCAUUUUCUCUGCAAUGUUGGGUCCCUCCAACCAAAGACAUAUAAGUGCCUGUGUCUACUGUGUAUAUAUUUGUAGAACUCCUAUUCAGUACAGAAGCAGUUUGUCUGAGCCCACCUCACCUCCCCCCUGUGCCAUCCUAAUUUGUGUCUGCAAGGAAAAGAUCAGCAGUACCCCAUGACAGCGGAUGGAGGAACGGGACUAAAGCGCUUCAUUCUGUAUGAUAAAUCUGUCGCGUUCUUUAACCUUCUGAUAGCCGAAGUUCUCCCAUUCCAUGUUCACAACAGCUUCAUCUGUACUUGAGGGUGACUGUCUGGGAUCCUGAAAGAACUUUUUUUUUGCCUUUUUGCUUGUCCAUUUGUGUCUUGUUGUAAUUUUGUUUUUAUCCUGUGUCACUUCCUUCCUUAGUUUGGCAUUGAGGUGCAAUGGGUCUUAAAAACUGGGUGGAUAAGAAACCGGCCAUGGGGCCCUGUUUGAUAACCGAUGCCGAAGCUGGUAAAUAAUUUGGACGUGUCCCUGGCUUACUGCCUCAAGUAGUAGUGAAGAGAGGUUGAGUGGCAUAUUUACCUGUCAUGCGCAAAGUUUUAUUAUUUUUUUUUUUUUCUGUUUUAGUCUAUUUCUACUAGUUGACUCAAAACCAGACUUUUAGGUUCCAAAUUUCCCUUGAAUUGUAAUUUUAUCAGUCACUGACCAUCCUUUCUACUUCUGUGUGACUCUUCCCCCUAGUGAAACUUAAGACAGAGGCCGUCGCCAUAUCUCGAUGUACUCAAGAUGGUGUUGGAAUCUUAAAGCACUUUAAGUGUAUGGGUGUUUUUAUUGCAUAUUCUGUUGGAUUUUACACAUUCAUUGCUUAUAGGACUCAGUAUGUACUUGCCUUUUUCAGUUUACUAUUCAAUGCUUCUCUGGCAGCGGCUCAAUAGUCAUGAAUAGCUUCUGUUUUUGUUUUGCUUUAUGAAUUCACUGUAGGAUUGAAUGUACUUUACUACAGCAAAGCUAACACCGACAGUGCAGCACUCUGACUUUGAUAAUCAAUUGCAUCAUUUCCGAUCCAUUCUCUUUUUUUUUUCUUUCUUUUUGAUAACGUCAUUGACAUCAUGAACACUUUUAUUUAUUUUGGCAGUGUAUCCCUUUAAGCUAUUUCGUAAAACACACUGUUUUCUCUGCAGCCUUUUCAUAUGAAACAUAUAUAUAUAUAUAUAUAAUUUUUUUUUUUUUUUUUUUUUUUUUUUCAUGAUUUUGUGGAAAUAAUAAGUAAGUUAGUAUGGGUUUCAUAAACCUAAUGUCAUAGCCUAGCCUGACACGAUGGCUGCCUAGUCAUGCAUCACACCUGCACCCUGUGCUCCAGACUCGGUGUCUGCUGAGGUUAUUUCCAUUCCCUUGAAACUCUGCUUCUUCUGACAUUCUGAUGGUGGUCACCGGUCUUUCCAUCACCAAACAUUGAUAUGGCGUGAUCGUAAAGACGUAGGGCUUGUGGCAUCUGCACUGGUUUUGGAAUAUGGCCACCACAAACAAAUCCAGUGUGCCCUAGAGCUAUGGCUGGCUGCACAUGAAGGCAUGAGAGAUUUUAGGUCAAGCAAAUGUAUUUAAAAUGGCUGAUCCUUAAAUUCUUUGUCAAAUAGUGUUUGUGUGUGUGUGUGUGUGUGUGUGUGUGUGUGUGUGUGUGUGUGUGUGUGUGUGUGUGUGUGUGUUGUACACAAGCCCGUACUGUAAAAUGCCUUAAUGCCAUUAUUCAUUACUGAAACCAUCAUGCCACUCUGCUUUUCUCCUUCAUCCUAACAUUGAGUUGCAAGGUGUUUGUAGCAGAGCACGACGAUUUGCCUUCUCAGAAAGUUGUUACGCUAGUACUUGACCACUCCUAACUGUACACAACAUGCAUCCUUGCAUAUCAUGGUGGACAUUAACUUCUAUAGCUUUGCAGGCAAUUCCUGGAGUUGUUUUCUUAAUUGAAAUGGGGGAAAAUUACCUUUUGAGAUGUUUGGCCAAAUAUGUCAGUGAAUUUAAAACACUAUCACAUUUAGUGCACAUCAUUUGAAUUUCCCACAACACAGUAUUGGGUUACAUUUGAGUCGGAGCAUGCUUCAUGAGUAUAAUAUUUCAGGAAGUAAUUCACCUUUUUUUUACCCCACCAUGUCUCAACUGUCUCUGACUGGCAGUUCUAAUAGUCCUUUUCUUGUCUUGACAUUUUUCUGCCAGAACGACAUUUGCACCACAUGCAAGCACCCAUCUAGCCACAUAUGUGCCUUUGCACUGGCCACCUCUGACACCUUUGUAAAUAAUUGUGUUUUUUUCUGUUUCAUAACGUAAUGACGAAGGUUGUUGUUACAAUGACUUAAUGUUUCAUUAAACUGCUGUAAAUGAUAAAAGUAUGAGCAAAUCUGUCCGAUGUGCCGUACAUCUUGUGUGUUCACAUAGGCAUUAUCCCAUGUUAUUGUUUCCUUAAAACAUUGCAUUUGGGCCAGUAUGGUUUGGAUCCAAUCUUUGUUUUGCUUUGCCAGCUCAAAUAAUACUUGUCCAAUUCAUGUGAAUGAAUCUUAAGGUUUUCCUUUUGUAGCAACAGGACUAGAGUGAUUUAAAUGUUUGGUUGUUUUUGAUUUAAGAUGAUUUGAACUGAACUCACAUGAACUGUGCACUGAGAUUUGUUUUCUUUGAAUAUUUGAAGCGCUUAUAGAGGAGCAAUACUGUUAGUAUUUAAUGUUCUCCCACGUGUCCAACAUACCUAUUUUAUUUCUCAUUUUGUAAUUUCUUAACUAUCAGAUUUGAUAGUGUAAUUCUGGGCAUGAGUGUUCGCCUAAAGGAGAGUGCAGUUUAUCGAACUAUUGUUGAAGUUUAAAUGAAUUGGUAUUGAUAUAUUUGCACAGAUGUCAUACUGUUUUUAACAGCAAGCCUGUGAAAUUCAUUUUGAAUUUAUUGAAAUUCACACAAUGCACCUGACACAUCAGUGAUUAUAUCCAUUUAAGUUUUUAACUGAUGGAAAUGGGCUCCAGAGAUAAAUCUGUCUCUUGCCUGACGAAGAUCUAGGAUUGAUCGACACAUUGCAGCUUACUUUUUUUGUAAGAGCAUCAAUACAGUGUACAUUUUUCACUGUUCUCUUUGACCAUAGAAGAAGACCAGAAGAGACAGCAAAAUCUUGAGAAGUCAGUGGCUCUGAUCGUAGUUUACUGUCUCUCUUGUGGACUUGACGCUUUGAUGGAUGCUUUACCGCUGUCCCUUUUAAGUGACCUGGAGAGUGCCCUUUACACAGGUUGCUCUCUGGGAAGAGAACACGUGCUCCCACACUUCUUUCACCUGUCUUGUUGCAUGACCGUAAAUGUUACAACUGCUGUUAUGUUUGUAUGAAGACAAUCCCUGUUUCUGUGCUGUUUGUAAAAUACUGUAGGCACAUGCUUUGCUGAAUAAAAUCAAAUAUAACAGAUUCCAUCACUGGGAAGGGAAAAUA